GCCUGGGCUCUAGGGACUAGUGCUGGGCUCCCCUGCUGGAGCUGGGCUGGGGGAAGGGGCUGGGCAGCGAUGCUCACACUGUCCUACUUGAUUGCCCGCUGUGCUGGCAGAAUCUGGUGGGCCUCCAGGUGGCACCGUCAGGUAACAGGCCCUGAUGGCUGGGACGGGCGUCUGUGCCAUCUGCAGGGCCGCAGCUGGGCUUACAGGGCUUAGGGGGUGGUUCUGACAGUCCCAGGGCCCCAGGGUGGUCUUGCGGCCCUGGAGAGGAAGAGUUGCUGCAGGCACCGGAGGCUCUGUCCUCUCUGGGCACAGAGAGGGACUGGCCUGUGGGGACCUGCAUGGGGCUUCCACCUCCCUCUUGCAGCUGAGCAAAUUGAGGCCUGGAACAGGAGCGUCCCCAGGUCACACAGCGCCUGGCGAGGAACCUAGGCCUCCCGGUUCCCAGUCCAGCACCGGUCCACAUGGGCACGAGCCUGAGGGGGCAGCUGGGCUCCAGCUCCUUGGAAGUCCCUUGAGCCAUCUGGUCUCGGUUUCCACACCUGGGCAGUGGCGUUGUGAGGUCAGACAGCAAGUGAGGCUCAGAGCGCUGGCAGUCCUCUCACUGGUGUCUUGUCAGGCAGUCGUCUUACAUCAAGCCCAGGACUCCAGAGACUUUGGCUCUUGGCUCAGGAAUGUGCUUGGGCCCUGGGGGAGGGGGUCUUUCCCAGACACACAGGUGUGGCAGCCGAAUUUCAAAAUAGCAGCCCAGCCAGGUGGGGCCCAGUCCCGGGCUGCGCAGGGCCAGGCUCUUAAGGAGCCCUGGGAGUGGCUGCCGGGCCGCCUGGGGUCAAGGUCCAAGGGCGGCCUGCUGGCAGAUGGCUGUGGAGUUUGAGAAUGCUGAGGGGGAAGAGUACGCCGCCGACUUCUCGGCGCAGGGCUCCCCGGCGGCGGCGGCGGCCGCUCAGAACGGGCCCGACGUGUACGUCCUGCCGCUCACCGAGGUCUCCCUCCCCAUGGCCAAGCAGCCAGGGCGCUCAGUGCAGCUGCUCAAGUCCACAGACCUGGGCCGGCACAGCCUCCUGUACCUGGAGGAGAUUGGCCACGGCUGGUUUGGGAAGGUGUUCCUGGGGGAGGUGAACUCGGGCAUCAGCAGCUCCCAGGUGGUAGUGAAGGAGCUGAAGGCCAGCGCCAGUGUCCAGGAGCAGAUGCAGUUCCUGGAGGAGGCACAGCCCUACCGGGCCCUGCAGCACAGCAACCUGCUCCAGUGCCUGGCCCAGUGCGCCGAAGUGACACCCUACCUGCUGGUGAUGGAGUUCUGCCCCAUGGGGGACCUCAAGGGCUACCUGAGGAGCUGCCGGGUGGCAGAGUCCAUGGCACCUGACCCCCUGACCCUGCAGCGCAUGGCGUGCGAGGUGGCCUGUGGCGUCCUGCACCUGCAUCGCAACAACUACGUGCACAGUGACCUGGCCCUGAGGAACUGCCUACUCACAGCCGACCUGACGGUGAAGAUCGGCGACUACGGCCUCUCUCACAGCAAAUACAGAGAGGACUACUUCGUGACCGCUGACCAGCUAUGGGUGCCGCUGCGCUGGAUUGCACCCGAGCUGGUGGAUGAGGUGCACUGCAACCUGCUGGUGGUGGACCAGACCAAGGCCAGCAACGUGUGGUCCCUCGGCGUGACCAUCUGGGAGCUCUUUGAGCUGGGCACGCAGCCCUACCCCCAGCACUCUGACCGGCAGGUGCUGGCCUACGCCGUCCGGGAGCAGCAACUCAAGCUGCCCAAGCCCCAGCUGCCGCUGACCCUGUCCGACCGCUGGUACGAGGUGAUGCAGUUCUGCUGGCUGCAGCCAGAGCAGCGGCCCACGGCCGAGGAGGUGCACCUGCUGUUGUCCUACCUGUGCACCAAGGGCUCCACUGAGGCCGAGGAGGAGUUCGAGCAGCGCUGGCGCUCGCUGCGGCCGGGCGGGGGCGGCACGGGUCCUGGGCCCGGGGCAGCGGGCCUGGCACUGGGCGGCACUGGUGAACUCGCUGUCGCCUCAUCCUUCCCGCUGCUGGAGCAGUUUGCCGGCGACGGCUUCCACACAGACGGUGACGAUGUGCUGACGGUGACUGAGACGAGCCGUGGCCUUAACUUUGAGUACAAGUGGGAGGUGGGCCGCAGCGCCGAGGCCUUCCCACCGCCAGGGAUCGCAAGUCCUGGCUGUGCCACACGCCUGCAAGAGCUCUGUGCCCCCGAUGGCGCGCCCCCAGGCGUGGUGCCGGUGCUCAGUGCGCACAGUCCCUCGGUGGGCAGCGAGUACUUCAUCCGCCUGGAGGAGCCCACACCCACUGCCGGCCAUGACCCUGACUGCGCUGGCUGUGCCCCUAGCCCCCGCACCAAGGCCUCACACCCUGACGACGGUGACCACGAUGACGACUCCAACUGCAGCCCAGUCGCCUCAUUAGCCAUGGAACCACUGCUGGGCCACGUGCCGCCCGCUGAUGGCCCCUGGGGCCACUGCGACUACUACCUGUGCAGGAGUCAUGCCCGGGACCUGCCCUGCCCCUCGCGAUCGCCCUCCCCCGGGGCCCUGACACUGGCGGAGCCGGGAGCCGAGGAUGUCAACUGGGGCUCGACCGCCUUCUGCCCGCCCUUUUUUGAGGACUCGCUGGGCAUGUCCCCCUUGGGGAGCUCUGGGGCCCGGCUGUCCCCAGGCGGGGAGGAGCUGGGUGAGGCCGAGGCACACAGGGCCGCCCAGCACAGACACUGGAGCUCCAACGUGUCAGCAAACAACAACAGUGGCAGCCAAGCACCAGAGUCCUGGGACCCGGGCUACGCAGGUGGUUACAUGGACUGCUGCCCCGGCGUGAAGCAGAUCCUACAGACUGACCCUGAGCUGGGCCCCCCACUAGCCCCAGAGAACCCCAGAGAGCCUCUCCUUGGGCCAAAGGGGACCUCCUCUGGCCGGGAGCCAGGCUGCUGCCUUGGCCUCCCCCAUCUGUGUCCUGCUGAAGGCCUGGCACCUGCCACCUGCCUGGUCACACCCCCGUGGACAGAGGCAGCUGUAAACGAGGGUGACAGCCCCCAGGCAGAGCCCAGGCUUGCAGCGAAGGCCGAGGGCUCUGCUGGACUCCAACUGCCCCUUCCCUCCAUCCCAUCCCCAUCCCAAGAGGGAGCCCCACUUCCCACUGAGGAGGCCAGCGCCCCUGCUGCCCUACCUGCCUCUCCCACGUCCGCUGGCAGCCACCUGACUGCCAUGGAGCCCAUCCAGACCCUGAAUAGCAGCAGCAGCUCCUCCGAGCUGGAGGCACCAGGCAGUGAGGACGACGACACUACUGAGGCCACUUCUGGCAUCUUCACUGACUUGUCCAGCGAUGGCCCACAGGCCGAGAAGCCAGAUGUGACACCAGCCUUCCGCUCCCUGCAGAAACAGGUGGGGACUCCUGACUCCCUGGACUCGCUGGACAUCCCAUCCUCAGCCAGUGAUGGCGGCUGUGAGGUCUUCAGCCUGUCGGCUGUUGGUACCCCUGGUGGGCAGCCUCGAGCCCUAGACAGUGGCUAUGACACGGAAAACUAUGAGUCUCCCGAGUUUGUGCUCAAGGAGGCGUAUGAGCUGUGCGAGCCUGAGGCCCUUGGGGAGCUCGCCUCAGAGGGUGAGAGCCCCGGGCCUGAGACUCAGCUCUCCGCCUCCCUCGGUAGCCUCAGUGAGAAGAACCCCUACCGUGACUCGGCCUACUUCUCAGACCUGGAUACGGAGCCGGAGACCCCCUUGGGCCCCAUGGAGAAGCCAGGAGGUGUUCUGGCCCCAGGGCCAGAGCCGGACGUGGAGAGCCCGCAGAGCCCUGGGCUGCAGCCUGCACAGCCCUCCUCUGAGCCUGGGGUGUCCACAGAGGCGCAGGGCGCUGGCCCCAGGGAGGUGCGGCCACUGCUGCUGCCUGAAGUCUCUUGCCCAGAGCCAAGGGCCUGUGCCGCGGGCCCCCGGCAGGAGACUCUCUGGGCCCUAGGCUCAGCCCAGGUGCCGCCGGUGCCCAGCCCCGGGCGUUCCAAGAUUUUCCUGCUGACCCCGGUCCCGCCGAGCUCAGAGAGCCACCGCGCAGAGCUCCAUGAGGCCCCGGGACUGCUGUCGGGGCCGGCCCUGAAGGAACGGACAGGGGGGCCGGGCGCCCCCAGAGCCCCACUCUGCCUGGCCCUGCCGGGACUCCCCGCAGCCCCGGAGGGCCCGUCGGAGGAGGAGGAGGAGGACAGCGAUGACAGCGACGAGUCAGACGAGGAGCUCCGCUGCUACAGCAUCCAGGAGCCGAGCGAGGAGAGCGAGGAGGAGGCGCCGCCCGUGCCCGUGGUGGUGGCCGAGAGCCAGAGCGCGCGCAACCUGCGCAGCCUGCUCAAGAUGCCCAGCCUGCUGAGCGAGGCCUUCUGCGAGGACCUGGAGCGCAAGAAGAAAGCCGUGUCCUUCUUCGACGACGUCACUGUCUACCUCUUCGACCAGGAAAGCCCCACCAGGGAGCUCGGGGAGCCCCUCCCCGGCGCCAAGGAGUCGCCCCCCGCGUUUCCAGCGGGCAGCCCCGGCUCCUCCAGCGCCCCGGGCCGGCCGCGGCGGGUCGACUGCUCCCCGGAUGGCUCCGCGGCGGAAGCGGGCGGAGCGUUCGAGUGGGAAGACGGCUUCCCGCUGGCGCCGGCCCUGGAGCCCGCCCCGCCCGCCGCUGCCGCGCCCCCUAAGCCGGCAGCGCCUAGCCCCUUCUCGCGCUUCACCGUGUCGCCCGCGCCCGCGUCCCGCUUCUCGAUCACGCACGUCUCCGACUCGGACGCCGGGUCCCUGGGAGCAGCCUCUCUCACCAGAACCUUCCCAGCCCCUGCUGGGCUGCCUCAGCCCCUGCCUCUACCCCCUGCCGUUGGCUCAGGACCUGACCCAUCUCAGAUCUGACAGCUCUUGCUCAGAGGUGGCUAAGGUGCACAGGCUCUGCAACAGGUGCUGGGGGCAGCUGUCAAGAGGCUUGAGACCAAGGUGGCCCCCCGCUUGGAGGCCGGUGUCGCCAGAGCUGCUGCUGGUCCUGCUCCAGGAAGCAGCGAGGACAGUGACCCAGAGUGAGUGGGGACCGCAGUCCUGUCGGCGGUCGGCAGCAGCUUCCAGCACCUCAGUGCCCCACGCAGUGCCCUGGAGGAGCAGGGCCUGAUGAGAGGCCCCGCUCCAGCCCUGGACAGUGGAGCUGCCGUGCACACCAGCCCUGUGUUGCCCUCGGGGCAGGAUUUGUCCUGGACACUCAAGUUUGCUGCUACCCCCUAGGGAUGCCCUACCGCCCGGGGCCCUGGCGCUCCCCACCCUGCAGCUGCCUCUCUACCCUGGCUGCCACGGUCGGACCGGUUGGCCUCUGAGUCCAGGGUACUUGCUCUUCGCUGGGGAGACUCGCACGCCCUGCCACCUGGCUCCUGCACGCAUUGUGGGAUGCUGUGUCCUCACCCCACGAGAGAACAGGUGCAAGCCUGCCGGGAUGGCCUCUCCUCGCCCCCUUUGCCCUUUCUGCCUGGUUCUGGGCUUGCUCAGUAAAAGAAGAGGACUCUGGGCUCACGUGCCCCCGCCACCCUUACCUCAAAGUCUGUGGCUGUAUUUCCCCUUCAUUGACUCAGCUAGACCUGUAAGCUCUCCCUCCCCAAGGGUUUGGGCUGGCUCGCACCUGGGUCCCGCUGCUGGAGCCCAGGCAGGUGGGCCAGGGUGGGCACCCCUGCCACCACGGCCCUGUUCUAGAGGUGCCCGUGGCUGGCUGGUGCAGGCAGCUCCCCUCCGCAGAGCACUGCCCAGCCCGGCCCAGCUGCCAAAGGAAAGUGGGGGUUGCGCCCCACAGUCCGUGUUGGGGGCUCCUGUCUGCAGGGAUGUGGACAGUGGGAAGGGUGCAGCUGGGAG